AUGCAGGGCGCGUGUUCUAAUAACGAAGUCGAAUACGAAGCCUUGAUAACUGGUUUAAAAGCUCUAGUAAACUUGGAGGCAAUGCGAGUCGAAAUCCGAGGCGAUUCUAAGCUUGUUAUUCGACAAAUUAAAAAAGAGUAUAAGUGCAUCAAAGAAAAUUUAAUAGUUUAUUACGCUAUGGUGGUACACUUGUUGGAAAAAUUUGAUUAUGUCGAGAUCAUGCAUGUGCCAAGGUCUGAUAACUAUGUUGCCAAUGAAUUGGCACAAAUUGCUUCAGGAUAUAAAGUUCCCAAAGAUAAAUUAGAAAAGAUGAUCGAAGUCAAAGAGAAAGAAACUCAUGAUGCGUUGGAUAAGAUAGGAAAAUUGUCGAUACCAAAACUGGGGGGUGUAGAAGACAAAAUUAAUGAAAAUGGGAAUUUGAAUAUUGUGGAGAUUUUUGCCAUCGACAACAUGGCAGAUUCUGAUUGGAGAAACUCAUUAGUCCAAUACUUAAACAAUCCAGUCGGAGGAACUGAUCGAAAAAUUAAAUACAGAGCUUUAAAUUAUGUGAUAUUGGGAAACGAGUUAUACAAGAAAACGGCUGAAGGUGUAUUGUUAAAAUGCUUAAGUUAA